UGCACCUAAAGAACUCGGGGAAGUUUGUAAGACUGUUGCCUUAAUUAGCAGGCAUGUGAAAGAGUCUCGUUUCCCUGCCUGCCCGUACCAGAAGCUAAUGGUUGGAUGUCAUUAUGUAACUCUGGAAAGCCAGGAGCAAACGGGACUUGAGAUGUGGUGCUUCUAGAGACCAAUGUGAUCCCUCUCCACAGGGGAGGAGCGAGGAGGAAGACUUGCCAGACAAGAUCCAAAACCAGUGUGACCUUCACAUUUCUAAUAAGGCGAUUCUGAAACUCCAAGUAGAGGAUUCCUAGCCUGAACUCUUGAGCUACUCAGUACAGGCGUUUGAAGAUGCAGCAAGCCUGGUAGUGGGGACAGAAAGAAUCUCCUUAAAGAAGUUGUGCGGUGUGAAAUAUUGGCCAUGUCUAUUACGGAUCAUAGCCCCACCACUGGAGUGGUGACUGUUAUUGUUAUUUUGAUUGCUAUUGCAGCUCUUGGUGCCUUGAUACUGGGCUGCUGGUGUUACCUGCGUCUGCAGAGGAUCAGCCAGUCUGAAGAUGAGGAAAGCAUUGUGGGAGAAGGAGAAACCAAAGAGCCCUUCCUUCUGGUGCAGUACUCUGCUAAAGGACCUUGUGUAGAGAGGAAAGCUAAGCUAACUCCAAAUGGCACAGAAGUACAUAGCUAACUUGGAGCAACACAUGUAUAUGAACUACACUUAUGAUGUGUGUAACUGGCAGAAGAAUCUCUCCUUGUGAAGAACCUGGUCACAUGCAUGCUACUCAUCACAAAAUACCCUGAUGAGGAUUAUAUAAGCUUUGUUAGCAACUGCAUGCACUGAGAAGUUGCACUUUGCAUCAACUGUGUAUCCCAAUUUCUCCACGACAGGAGCUGACUAACCUGGCUAAUGUCCAUUGCUGGCAAUGGACACAGGGAUAUAUUGGUGUGAAGAGACUACUAAUGUUUUUGUUACUUGAAUGUUUAGCUGAGCCUAUUUUGACAGAGCUACUACUGUAAUGUGAACUACUUUACAACUGUGAACUGUAAGUAAGCUGCCAGAAGCUUUUUGCUUUGUGUUCCACAGCAUAUGGAAAUACAUGAUGCAACUGUACAUAACACGAGGACUGCUGAAUCACGACUGUAGCUGGGAUUCUAGACCUUCAAAACCAAAUCUGCAGUUACAGCUUGCUUCUGCUAUUAAUUUGAGUGUACAGCCAUAAAGUCAGAACUCCUCUUAACAGUUUAGUGAACUGAUGCAGAGUACCUUCUUUGAGAAUAGGUACAAUCCUUCAGUAGCAUGUUGAGGGGGGAAACACAGGAGCUGAGAAAGUGACUUUGUUUAGUUGCAGCUAGGUAGGUUAAGCUUUUGGCUGCUAGAACUGAGUCUUCUAACCAUGUAUCUACUGCAAGGAAACUGCCAUUUUGAUGCAUACUAGCCUAGGAACUAAUGAUGGAUACUGAACCCUUGGGGCCGGUCCAGAAGGUUUCCAGGAGUUUGAAAGGGCAGUAGAGCGGGCUUUUCUGUAGGUCUGCAUGCUGAAACUGCAGAAGUGGUUACUUAAGUGCAACUAGUAUGAAAUUUUCCUAGAACUCCUGUUUGCUUACUUAGCAGUUACAGUAUAUGUUAACAGCCUGUUGUAAAAAGGCAUUUUAGUCUACAGUUAACUAUAAUCCAGUUAACGUAUCUUGUAGAUAUAGUAGUACAGUUGAAUCAAUAGAGUUAAGUUUCAAGCUUUCCUAUAAAAACAGAUGUUGGUAUGGGCAAGGGAGAUUGGCUGUUCAGUUUGUGUAAGUUCUUAGUUAGCAAUGGCAAAGUCUUUACAAACAAGAACACCCCUUCCAGAUCCUGCUUUGUGCUAUAGUUAAGCUAUGGGAACUUUAACAAGAUGUCUUAAAGAGAUUGUCCUGGACCUCAGAGGUUUAGCAGGAGGAGAAAGAACAACACUGAGCCACCACUGGCUAAAACUCUUAGGGUAGGCACACUUGCUUUGAGGCCACUGACCUGUUUUCUGUGACUUUAUACAUAGCUUCCUUUGCCUACUGAAACUUUUAAACACUUAAUUGCCUAGUAAAGAAAAAUCCUGUAAAUCUAUUCCCUGAGAUAAGUUACAAAUCAUGAAGUUCAAGUUCUUCAGCUAUAUAGACAUCGUUAGACUGGCUUCUUGUACCUGUACAUACGGAGUAAGUAACACAAGCCUGCAAGCUUGCUUGGGAACUCUUAACUGUAUGCAAGACACUAGCAGCCUAGCUAAAAAGUCUUGUCCCUUUCUUCUGCAGUAAGGUGUUGACUUAAAAAGGCAAAUGUAGCAGUAAAAAUUAACUGAAGGGUAUAAUUUGAAGUAAAGUUAAUGCUGUCAAGUAAAAGAAAGCUCCUGCUGUUGCCUUUUGAGUAUGAGAUGGGGUACAGCUUUUUACCCUGCCAUAUGCUCUUCUGGAAGAUAGUAGUCUCGUGAGACUUGCAUGUAUAGCCAGACUCAAAUGCUUAAACUGUCAUAUUCUAGACCUCUUACAAAUCAAGAAGAAAAGGAUUAAUUCAGUAAGACUCCUUAGUUUUCAGUAGAGAACAGUUUACACAUGGCUGUUGCAGGUUUCAAGACAAUCAAGUAACUGGUAUACAAAAGUGAUACAAAGUGCUGAAGUUCUAGAACAGAAUAGUUGUAGCAAGAUUACUUUUGUCCAUUCAAGUUCACUGAUUGUACAGAUUAAAUAUCUCUAUUUUAAUUCAGCAAAGGAAAUGCAGUGUAAAGGGCAAACUUCAGAAAUC